CGGAAGAAAAGCUUGGUCAAGCAGAGAAGACUGAACUGGAUGCUCACCUGGAGAACCUUCUCAGCAAAGCAGAAUGCACUAAAUUGUGGACAGAAAAAAUAAUGAAACAAACAGAAGUAUUAUUGCAGCCAAAUCCAAAUGCCAGAAUAGAAGAAUUUGUCUAUGAGAAGCUGGACCGCAAAGCACCAAGUCGUAUGAAUAAUCCAGAGUUAUUAGGCCAGUAUAUGAUUGAUGCUGGGAAUGAAUUUGGCCCAGGAACAGCCUAUGGAAAUGCACUCGUUAAAUGUGGAGAAACACAAAAGCGAAUUGGGACAGCAGACAGAGAACUAAUUCAAACUUCUGCUAUAAACUUUCUCACUCCCCUAAGAAACUUUAUUGAAGGAGACUACAAAACUAUUACUAAAGAACGUAAACUAUUACAAAAUAAAAGACUAGAUUUGGAUGCAGCAAAAACCAGAUUGAAGAAGGCAAAAGUUGCAGAAGCUCGAGCUGCAAUAUGGGCUGAGGAAGUGACGAAAUCUGAACAGGAAGUACGAAUUACUCAGAGUGAAUUUGACCGUCAAGCAGAGAUUACCAGACUUCUGCUGGAAGGAAUCAGCAGCACACAUGCACAUCAUCUUCGCUGUCUGAAUGAUUUUGUUGAAGCUCAGAUGACGUAUUAUGCACAAUGUUACCAAUAUAUGUUGGAUCUCCAGAAACAACUUGGAAGCUUUCCAUCUACUUUCCUCUCUAACAAUAAUCAGUCUUCCUCAACUCCUGUGCAGAGUGUUUCUACUCCCUCACUCUUGGCCUCGGCCUCUGCUUCAUUGCCUUCUGUAAGCAAUUCAAUAGUUACUUCAGGCAUCAGUGAACUGAAGUCAUCAAGUGGCAACAGGAAAGCUAGAGUUCUCUAUGAUUAUGAUGCUGCAAACAGCAGUGAAUUAUCACUACUUGCAGAUGAGGUGAUAACAGUGUACAGUAUCCCUGGCAUGGAUUCAGACUGGCUGAUGGGUGAAAGGGGAAAUCAGAAAGGCAAAGUGCCUAUUACUUAUUUAGAACUGCUAAACUAGAUGGUUGGCCUGAAUAAAGACUGUCAAUUAUGGUGACACCAUAUUUAUAUACAAUUAACGUUAUGUAAGCAGGUUUAAGUGUCUUCCAUGUUAUUUUCUUGAGGGACAAAUACCAGCCAUUACAAACUGGCUUUUCUGCCAGCAUGGUUGCAUGGUAAAUACUCUUUUCAAACUUCAUGUGUUUAAAGCUUUUACUUCAUGUGCCAAGAACAUCUUUCCUACAGAUUUGUUUCUACUGAAGUUUUCACUAAUACAAGCUUCUACUUUUUGAGUAAUCUAGAUUGAAAGCAGGAGGUACUGUUUUCUACUGAAAUUUUUCAUUAAUGGCAAAGCUUUUCUUCACAUAAAAUAAACUUACUGUGAACU